UCACGAGAUACCGUGCAAUUUCUCAUCGCAUCCAAUUCGAGUCUAUAGUGCAUACAAUAUCACUCUCGCACUCUCCGUUAAUUUUGAAAUCGUUACCUAGGGCUUCUUACUACUCCAAUCAAAGGCAAAGUAGAUGACAUACUCAAGAGAAAGAAGGUCUGCUUCACCGAACAACUCCAGGUCACCUGGUAGGGGCCAUCGCUCAAGAUCAUUGUCAAGGUCUAGGAGGAGUCGUUCCAGGAGCCAAGAUUCCGUUGAUGUAGUUAAUCCUGGGAAUAAUCUUUAUGUAACGGGUUUAUCUACUAGGGUUUCUACCAGCGAUCUUGAGAAGUUCUUUAGCAGUGAAGGAAAGGUUCUUGAGUGCCAUCUAGUUUCAGAUCCUCACACUAAAGAAUCUCGUGGAUUUGGUUUUGUCACCAUGGAAACAAAUGAGGAUGCAGAACGUUGUAUUAAGUAUCUCCAUCGUUCUGUGCUGGAAGGUCGAUUAAUUUCUGUGGAAAAGGCAAAAAGGAAGCGUGGGAGGACACCUACUCCUGGAAGGUAUCAUGGUUUGAGAGAUAGACAAGGAAAUGUUCGGAGACGGUCUCGUAGUUACUCACCUCGUCGCCGAUAUGACAGAGAUCCCUAUUCAAGGGAUCGGCGAGGAAGAUCACGCUCCCCAUAUGGAAGGAGGACAGAGAGCCAUUCUGAUUCACAUAAGAGGCGCAGGGACCGUUCAUUAUCAGCUGAUGGUAGUGGCUACCGAAGAGCAUACUAAUUCAAUUGCGAGUCUGUAUCCCUAGUAUAUACAUGUUCACUAAAUUUAAUUGGUUUUUCCUUUCAAAGUGUGGGAUCCUUGUCACCUUCAUCCCCCAUUGCUAUUUGUAUCUCUAUUUAACUUGAAACCUAUAUUCUUAUGAGAUGCUUCUGUCUUCUGUUU